AGAAAUGCGCAGUGAUUCGUUGCGGUGCGCUCGUUGUUGAGAGUGUAGUGGUGUUUGUCAACGAAAACGGGACGUUUUUCAUUGCUUUUAGGGGAAAGUUUUGGAAAAUAAUUAUGGAGAAACCGCAAAAAAUGCCCAAAGUGGCGAAGGUAAAAAACAAAGCUCCAGCGGAGAUUCAAAUAACCGCGGAGCAGCUCCUCCGCGAAGCCAAAGAGCGAGACCUCGAGAUUCUGCCACCUCCUCCAAAGCAGAAGAUCUCAGACCCUCACGAGCUAGCAGAUUACCAGCAGCGAAAGCGCAAAGCCUUCGAGGAUAAUAUCAGAAAGAACCGAAUGGUCCUCUCGAACUGGUUCAAGUACGCUCACUGGGAAGAAACUCAGAAGCAGAUAGACCGAGCGAGAUCGAUCUACGAACGUGCCCUGGACGUGGACCACAGGAACAUCACACUAUGGCUGAAAUACGCGGAAAUGGAGAUGAGGAAUCGCCAAGUGAAUCACGCGAGGAAUUUGUGGGAUCGGGCAGUGACUUUUCUCCCUCGAGCCAAUCAGUUCUGGUACAAGUACACAUACAUGGAGGAGAUGCUGGAGAAUAUUGCGGGUGCAAGGCAGGUGUUCGAGAGGUGGAUGGAGUGGGAGCCUGAUGAGCAGGCCUGGCAAACGUAUAUAAACUUCGAGCUUAGGUACAAGGAAAUAGAUCGAGCCAGAAGCAUCUACGAGAAAUUUGUAACUGUUCAUCCCGAGGUGAAGCACUGGAUCAAGUACGCGAGGUUCGAGGAGUCUCAUGGGUUCAUUAAUGGCGCCAGGAAGGUGUACGAGAGGGCUGUCUGGUUCUAUGGGGACGAGAACAUCGAUGAGAAGCUGUUCAUAGCAUUUGCCAAGUUCGAGGAAGGACAAAAAGAGCACGAAAGAACGAGAGUCAUCUACAAAUAUGCUCUUGAUAGACUCCCCAAGGAUAAGACUCAGGAGAUAUACAAGGCGUACACGAUCCACGAGAAAAAAUAUGGUGAUCGAUCGGGGAUUGAGGAUGUCAUUUUGAGUAAAAGGAAGCAUCAGUACGAGCAGGAAGUCAGGGAAAAUCCAUCCAACUACGACGCCUGGUUUGAUUACUUGAAACUCCUGGAAUCUGAAAACUCACAGAAUCAUGAGGAGAUCAGGGAGAUCUUCGAGAGGGCCAUUGCCAACGUUCCUCCGACUAAGAAUAAGGAAUUCUGGAGGAGGUACAUCUAUCUGUGGAUUAAUUAUGCUCUUUAUGAGGAACUCGAGACGGAGAAUGUGGAGAGGUGUAGGGAGGUUUACAAGGCAUGCUUGGACCUCAUUCCCCAUAAGCAUUUCACCUUCUCGAAGAUCUGGUUGCUUUAUGCCAAGUUUGAGAUUCGACAGAAGAACUUGGGGCUUGCGAGGAAGACCCUGGGAAUGGCUCUCGGAAUUUGCCCGAGGGAUAAACUCUAUCGGGGGUAUAUUGAUUUGGAGAUUCAGUUGAGGGAAUUCGACAGAUGUAGAAAGCUAUAUGAAAAAUUUCUCGAGUUUGGCCCAGAGAAUUGCACAACAUGGAUGAAGUAUGCAGAGUUGGAGACACUGCUGGGAGAUAUUGAUCGUGCUCGGGGAAUUUAUGAGCUCGCCAUAUCCCAGCAAACCCUGGACAUGCCUGAGGUCCUCUGGAAGGCAUACAUAGACUUUGAGAUAUCCCAGGAUGAGCCUCAAAAUGCCAGGAAUUUAUUCGAGCGACUACUGGAGAGAACUUCACACGUCAAAGUCUGGAUGACAUAUUCUAAGUUCGAGCUGGCGAAUCCUGUGGUUGAGGAGGGAAUUGACAGUGUAACAUUAGCCAGGAGAAUCUUCGAGAGGGGAAAUUCAGCGCUGAGAGCCAGCGGAGAAAAACAGAGUAGAGCACUUCUCCUGGAGGCCUGGAAAGCAUUCGAGGAGGAGAAGGGAGACGAUGAGAGUGUCGCCAAGAUCAUCGAGAAGAUGCCCAGGAGGGUUAAAAAGAGGAGACGUGUUAUGGGGGAGGAUGGCUCUGAGGACGGCUGGGAGGAAGUCUUCGAUUUUAUCUUCCCUGAGGACGAGUCACAGAAACCUAAUUUGAAGAUCCUUGCUGCUGCUCUCCAGUGGCAGCAACAGAUGGCUGGGGUCUCGACUGGAGGGAGCAAAGGGGAUAAUUAAUGAGGAGAUUCAAAGGGGGAAUGUAGAAUUAAUUAUUUGAAUUUAAAUCACUUGGGUUUUUUACCUGAGAUAAUGAUUUCUGAGGUGGCAAUGGAGCCUUGUAAAUUAUGGAUCAUCAUUACUUAAUAAACGAUCGAAUGGAUUUUUUUUAAA